UACACUCACUGACAACGACAAGGACAACAACAACGAGAACGACAUGGAGACGGAUGGAUCUAACAUCAGCAUCAGCAUCAGCGCAGCGACACCACGGGCACGGAGGCACCGACGACUUACACACACUCGCAAUGCACGGACACCGCCCGACGGGGACUGAUCGCCGCGACAGCAGUUGUAUUGUACACUUUGACGUGGAGAUGCUCAAAAUGGUUCCGUCUUCACCCUACGAUGGACCCUUCCUGGAGAAGAACCACCUUCUGCCCUGGAUUACUGGUGUGUGGUGGACACUUCUGAAGGUCUGCCUGUUCCUGCUCACUGAACUCCUUUCCACACUUGGAGGUGGAAUUCUAUUUUAUAUGCUGCCAGAAGAGAUGAGGAAGAAAGGCAUUUGCCACCAUCCACUAGGCACCAACAUGGCGGGCAUGGAGAAUAGAGACACUGAAUUUCACACCAGGAACUGUCUGAGUCCGUUACAAUACACUGGUGGUGUUGACCCUUUGCUACCUCAUUAUAUUCCACCGGCUGAUGAGAUGUUAACCGGGGAACGUGACUGCAAGAUGGAUACUUGGCCCGAAGAACAAAGUGAAAUGGAUUUCAACUGCACAAAUCCACUCGUUCUAACUAUGAUCUGGCCAAGCAAUGAAGAGGAGGCCCGGUCUUCGGACCGGGCUGAUGAGGAUGAGGAGAACAUGGAUGACGCAGAGUCCAUUGACUGGUCCACUGACGAUUCCGAUGAUGAUUCCAGUGAUGAAAGUCACUCUCAAGUUCUGUGGGACUCCUUUUUUCAACAUGACCCGUACAACCCCAUGAAUUUUUCGGCAACCACUGGCCAUCAGGACCUGGCCGGUAAGACUGAUACGGAGGAAGAUGUGGAGGAUUCUGCCUCGAGCCAGAUUAAAUCGGAAGAGUCUGAAAAUGACGAGGUGUGGGACUCGUUCUUUCAAAGCGCCGACCCUUUCAACCCGUUGAACUUCUCUGCUUGCACCACCACAAGUGAAGCCAGCAACCAAGGAGUGAAGGGAGGCAGCGAGCUGUUGGAGGAAGGACAGCCAGACACUCCUGAUCUGUGCUACAACGCAGACCCUCCUGGUGUGGAUCAGGCCACCGCAACUAUAAAACACGAAACCAGUGGGAACCAGAGAACAACGACCAAAAAGGUUCGAUUCUGUCCUGAGGUUAAAGUUCACCGGAUGAUUGUGUGGGACUUUGCCUCUCGAGCCGCUCGCAAGGGUCCCUGGGAGCAGCAUGCGCGCGAUCGGAGCAGGUUCCAGCGCCGCAUUGCCAAUACAGAGGCAGCGAUUGGCUUCUGUUUGGAUCCGAAGCACCGACUGGCUGUGUGGACUAAAUACCUAGAACCAGAGGAGACCGACCAAGUACUACUGGAGAGAAACAAAAACAGAAAACACUGACAGUCUCUCAGACCCAAAACAUUGACUCCAUUCUCUUCCACAGAUGAGCCAUGACAUGAAUAUUUCCCGUAUUUUGUAUUUAUCUAGCAUAUACUACAGUUGUUUGACUUUAGUUAUGGGAAGAUGUUCUUGACACUCCCUCUAUAAGUGUUCCCAUCAGAAAUUGUACCAAGAGCAAUCUCAUUAUUGGGCCUCCCUAACUUGCCCGCACCGGCCAACAUCUACACUAGUCUCCCCUGCUUGCGUUUGGCCCAUAUCCCUCAACCAGUCUUAUUCAUGUACCUGUUUAAGAAGGAACUGCAGAUGCUGGAAAAUCGAAGGUAGACAAAAAUGCUGGAGAAACUCAGCGGGUGAGGCAGCAUCUAUGGAGCGAAGAAAUAGGCGACGUUUCGGGUCGGGACCCUUCUUCAGUCUUAUUUUGUCUAUUAUCCAUGUACCUGUGUGUUACUUAAACAUGGCGAUAGUCCCUGCCUCAACUACCUCCUUGUGUAUUUGAAACUUGAUUGUAACUCAGUGCAAUGCAGACAUUUGAUAUUUAUACUGUUGUUUGUCUAAUAAAGGAUUAUUUCUGACACUA